UUGACAGAUAUUUUUUAAGUGAAUACAAAAUUUUCUUGUGCAAAACUGUAUCGAGUAGAGGAAAAUCGAAGUUGAAAUGAAAUAAUUACCGAAAAAAAUUUAGAUAUAUUUUUGUAAAUUGUUAAUAACAUAAAGUACUUUUAGAUGCACAAAUAAAAUUCAAUAAUGAUUCAUAUGUCCCACCGGGAAAUUGUUGUGAUGGGCACAUAAAAGUGAAGUGCAUCAAAAAGUAGGAAAAAAGAAAAGUUUGACACACAUUCAAGUCGACGCAGACAUUUAUAAUUUUAUAUAAAAAAAGAAGUCAAAAAAGGAAAUAAACUUUUAUUUUAUAUUUUUAUAAGAUCUGAAAUUAAAAAAGGCAGCAAAAUGAUGCUCUCAUCGAUAAACAAUUCUUUUGAGCAGGACACUCAUGACACAGAUGCCAAUUGCGAUGGGCCAGAUUUGGAUUUUAUGUAUGCAGACGUCGAUACGUACCAAAAUGAAAUUGCCGAACUUUACAGCUAUACGGAGUUCAGUGAGUUCCAGCAGAAUGUUAAGGCAUUCGAAGAUCAAAUGGAAAUGUACGAUUUGCCACCCAACUGGCAGAAAUUAGACUCAAGUGCCCAACGUGGUAUAGUAAUGAAGUUGAUGGACCAAUUGGAGGUUUCGAAUCGAUCAUUUCGUAUGCAAGCUGCUAGGUGUAUACUGUAUUUGGCCCAAGGAUGUUGGGCAGAAGUUCAGUCUGAUGAAGAACAACAUCAAAAUACAAGAGAGAAUGUCAUUGUACUCUACGAAUUGGGAAUUUUUUCAUCAUUCAUAGACUUGCUGAAUAUGGAAAUCGAGAGUGCUUGCUCACCCGAUAUAGUGGCUGUUAAAAUUACCAAUGUCACCCUGGCCGAUUCGGCCGACUUGCGUGUAAUAUUGUCGGUACUAUACACGAUCACUGAAACAAUUCGCAAUGAGAAGGACAAGGAAAGUGAAGACUAUCGAAAGAUAGCUGAGUCAUUUGUCCAGGACAUAAAUAGUCCAUUGCCAGAUGGUGAACUGCUCUCAGUAAAGCUUCUAGGAAUGAUAACUCGCUUUUGUAGCGGAGCGGCACCACAUUUUCCAAUGAAAAAGGUGGUUCUGCUGCUUUGGAAAAUAUCACUGAUGGGUUUGGGUGGCAUGGAAGUUCUAAAGAAUCUCAAAAAUGAAUAUCGGGUUAAAGCGGGCUUAGAGCCGAUAUCAGAAGACACGCUUGAAGUAACCAAAUGCAUGCGCGCCAGUUCUCCUCCUGCAACAGCAGCUGACUACUUGGACAAUCAAAAUUUGAAGCGUAAUGCCUUCAGGCGAUCUCUAAUGAAACAAAGAUUUCUCGAUGAACAAGAGCAGAUGGAUAUGGAGUUGACGCCUGGAAAUGAAAGUGCACCAAAUGGCGGCAACAAUGGCUCUGGCAAUGGAGGCAAUCAAAAUGGCGAUGAUGACUAUUAUCGGCCUUUUGAAGAUCCCUCAUCAACCACCUCCACUUCUGGCAUUGCAACUGCAAAUCCUAACAAUUUGCCCAGUUACAGUGCGCAGCCUUCAGUGCAAGCUCCACAGAUUACCACUUGCUUACCGUGGACUCCCAAAGUGCGUCAGAAGGAUAUUGACCAGUUCUUGGAUAUAUCGCGAAACAAGUUCAUUGGCUACUCCCUAAUCGACGACCACGAAAGCUUAGCUGGUCUGCCACAGCCCAUACAUGAAGGUGUCGAGACAUUAAGACGUCAUAUGUAUGUAAGUCUCGCCGACAUUCAAAUAAAGAAGGAGGAAGAUAUUGCGAGGAAUCCGAUUUCCACUCAAGAGGACGAAAUUCAAAUGACUCCAUCUGAGGUUCUCUAUCAGGCCAUACUACCAAAUCUGCCGCAAUACAUGAUUGCACUGCUAAAAGUUCUACUGGCUGCUUCGCCUACUUCCAAAUCGAAAACCGAAAGUAUCAAUAUCAUGGCCGAUGUGUUGCCCAAGAAAAUGCCACUCACGGCCACACAGUCCACCAAACUGACCGUUGACAUGGGUCGCCACAAAGAGAUUAUCGUCAAAGCCGUUUCGGCCAUUAUACUGCUGUACUUGAAGCACUUUAAACUGAAUCACAUCUACCAGUUCGAAUUCAUGUCUCAGCAUUUAGUUUUUGCAAACUGUAUCCCGUUGGUAUUGAAGUUCUUCAAUCAAAACAUCACCGAAUUUGUCAGCAUGAAGAACACGAUACCAUUGUUGGAUUUUCCAUCGUGUGUGAUUGGAGAACAACCCGACUUGUCGGGCGAAAGUUUUGUUUAUAGCGGUGAUGUCACGGACAAACCAUAUUCGUGGCGAAAUGUUUUCUCAUGCAUCAAUUUGCUACGUAUACUAAAUAAACUCAUCAAAUGGAAGCAUUCACGUGUCAUGAUGCUGGUCGUUUUCAAAUCGGCGCCUAUUCUUAAAAAGACCCUUAAGGUGCGGCACGCCAUGAUGCAGCUGUAUGUUUUGAAACUACUAAAGAUGCAAACAAAAUAUCUGGGACGACAAUGGCGAAAAUCGAACAUGAAGACCAUGAGUGCUAUUUAUUCAAAAGUGCGCCAUCGUCUCAACGAUGACUGGGCAUAUGGCAAUGAUUUGGAAUCACGUCCAUGGGACUUUCAAGCUGAAGAAUGCACCUUACGCGCUUGUGUGGAUCGAUUCAAUCUGAGAAGGUAUCCCGAAGCCACUCAGAAGUGUGGAGCAGGUGGUAACAAUGGAAACUCUGCCAAUAAUUCGGAUAAUUCUUCGUCUGCCAAUGUAGCUGGUGGUAACGUUGAUGGUAAUGGUGGCGGUGGAGGCGUUGCAUACACAUCGGGCGCUGCAGGCAAUGGCAUAGUCUCGGGCGUUGGUGGACAAUUGCAAGAUUACGGUAUUGAAGGUGGUUUUCCGAGUGACGAAAUACUAACACAUUCAGAUUUUGCAUUCUUCGGCCAUUCUGGCUGGUGGGAUCGUAAAGUUGAAUUGACCGACUACUUUAAAGCUAAUUAUUCACUUUGGUUGGAAGAGGAAGUCUACAACAAUCAAACCGAUUGGGAUGAUCUCUAAAACAAACAGACUUACAAUUUGAAUCUUAUAUUUCGUGUUUAUAUGGCCCAUAAAACAGUUAAAAUAUUAAAAAUAGAUCAACUGUAGAAACAUUUAGAGUAACCACUUUAUAAGCAAUUUUUUAUUAAACAAAAAAGUAUCAACACCAAUUAUUUUAAUUUAUAUUGAAUGAUAUGGCAUCUAACUAUCUAUCUAUCGAAACACUUAUACGGAACAUGCAAAUACAAAAGAACAUACUGGCUUGAACAAACUUGAUCCUGUAAGGACUAUCCAGACUCACAUUUCAUGCUAUAAAUAAUUUGCAUAGCAUUUGAUGACAUGUCGUUUGCGAAAUGACAACACCGCCUUGAGGGAGUGAUCAUUUGAAGAAUAAACAUCAAAUAUUUAAAAGAAUUUAUUUAGUUGGUUUCACUUAUGCUGAACUCAUAUGCUGUUUGUGAACAUUAUGUAUGAUUUAAUAUUCAUUUCAGCGUUCGAAUUUCAUUUGCCUUUUAUUAAAUUAUCUACGAAUAUGAGUAUUUACAAGUAGUACAUAGUUUUUAUUUUGAUAUUUAUUUUAUUUGUGUGUAACUAAAAUAUAUUAUUAUUAUUGCAUAUUAACUAAAAA